AUGAAGAGACCCUACGUCGUCUACUCCUCCCCUCCUGAGUUAGACGUCGUCUACUCCUGCUCCGCCCCUCCUGAGUUAGACGUCGUCUACUCCUGCUCCGCCCCUCCUGAGUUAGACGUCUUCUACUCCUCCCCUCCUGAGUUAGACGUCGUCUACUCCUCCCCUCCUGCGUUAGACGUCGUCUACUCCUCUCCUCCUCUCAUGCACGUCGUCUACUCCUCCCCCCCUGAGUUAGACAUCGUCUACUCCUACUCCUCCCCUCCUGAGUUAGACGUCAUCUACUCCUACUCCUCCCCUCCUGCGUUAGACGUCGUCUACUCCUACUCCUCCUCUCCUGCGUUAGACGUCGUCUACUCCUCCUCUCCUGCGUUAGACGUCGUCUACUCCUCCCCUCCUGCGUUAGACGUCGUCUACUCCUCCCCUCCUGAGUUAGACGUCGUCUACUCCUACUCCUCUCCUGCGUUAGACGUCGUCUACUCCUACUCCUCUCCUGCGUUAGACGUCGUCUACUCCUCCUCUCCUGCGUUAGACGUCGUCUACUCCUCCUCUCCUGCGUUAGACGUCGUCUACUCCUCCCCUCCUGCGUUAGAUGUCAUCUACUCCUACUCCUCCCCUCCAGCGUUAGACGUUGUCUACUCCUACUCCUCCCCUCCUGCGUUAGACGUCAUCUACUCCUACUCCUCCCCUCCUGCGUUAGACGUCAUCUACUCCUACUCCUCCCCUCCUGCGUUAGACGUCAUCUACUCCUACUCCCCCCCCCCUGCGUUAGACGUCAUCUACUCCUACUCCUCCCCUCCUGAGUUAGACAUCGUCUACACCUACUCCUCCUCUCCUGCGUUAGACGUUGUCUACUCCUCCUCUCCUGCGUUAGACGUUGUCUACUCCUCCUCUCCUGCGUUAGACGUCGUCUACUCCUACUCCUCCCCUCCUGAGUUAGACGUCAUCUACUCCUCCCCUCCUGAGUUAGACGUUGUCUACUACUACUCCUCCCCUCCUGCGUUAGACGUCGUCUACUCCUCCCCUCCUGCGUUAGACGUCAUCUACUCCUACUCCUCCCCUCCUGAGUUAGACGUCGUCUACUCCUACUCCUCCUCUCCUGCGUUAGACGUCGUCUACUCCUCCUCUCCUGCGUUAGACGUCGUCUACUCCUCCCCUCCUGCGUUAGACGUCGUCUACUCCUACUCCUCCCCUCCUGAGUUAGACGUCAUCUACUCCUCCCCUCCUGAGUUAGACGUUGUCUACUACUACUCCUCCCCUCCUGCGUUAGACGUCAUCUACUCCUACUCCUCCCCUCCUGAGUUAGACGUCGUCUACUCCUACUCCUCCUCUCCUGCGUUAGACGUCGUCUACUCCUCCUCUCCUGCGUUAGACGUCGUCUACUCCUCCCCUCCUGCGUUAGACGUCGUCUACUCCUACUCCUCCCCUCCUGAGUUAGACGUCGUCUACUCCUACUCCUCCUCUCCUGCGUUAGACGUUGUCUACUCCUCCUCUCCUGCGUUAGACGUCGUCUACUCCUCCCCUCCUGCGUUAGACAUUGUCUACUCCUCCCCUCCUGCGUUAGACAUUGUCUACUCCUCCCCUCCUGCGUUAGACAUUGUCUACUCCUCCCCUCCUGCGUUAGACAUUGUCUACUCCUCCCCUCCUGCGUUAGACAUUGUCUACUCCUCCCCUCCUGCGUUAGACGUUGUCUACUCCUCCCCCCCUGAGUUAGACGUCGUCUACUCCUACUCCUCCCCUCCUGAGUUAGACGUCAUCUACUCCUACUCCUCCCCUCCUGAGUUAGACGUCGUCUACUCCUACUCCUCCUCUCCUGAGUUAGACGUCGUCUACUCCUACUCCUCCCCUCCUGAGUUAGACGUCGUCUACUCCUACUCCUCCCCUCCUGAGUUAGACGUCGUCUACUCCUACUCCUCCCCUCCUGAGUUAGACGUCGUCUACUCCUACUCCUCCCCUCCUGAGUUAGACGUCGUCUACUCCUACUCCUCCCCUCCUGAGUUAGACGUCGUCUACUCCUACUCCUCCCCUCCUGAGUUAGACGUCGUCUACUCCUACUCCUCCCCUCCUGAGUUAGACGUCGUCUACUCCUACUCCUCCCCUCCUGAGUUAGACGUCGUCUACUCCUACUCCUCCCCUCCUGAGUUAGACGUCGUCUACUCCUACUCCUCCCCUCCUGAGUUAGACGUCGUCUACUCCUACUCCUCCCCUCCUGAGUUAGACGUCGUCGACUCCUACUCCUCCCCUCCUGAGUUAGACGUCGUCGACUCCUACUCCUCCCCUCCUGAGUUAGACGUCGUCGACUCCUACUCCACCCCUCCUGCGUUAGACGUCGCCGGUUUACUAACCGUCGGUCUUGGCAACCAUUCAUUACUCACACCUGCCCCUCAUCAUCAGGCACACCUGGACCUUCCCUGA